AUGAGGGCCAAGCGAUCCAAGAAGUACCGCAAGCUCAUGCACCAGUAUGAGCUUACGUUCGGAUUCCGCGAGCCAUAUCAGGUCCUAGUGGACUCCAACUUCCUCCGCGCCGUCCACAACUUCAAAAUGGAACUGAUUCCUGCCUUGGAGCGCACCCUUCAAGGAAAACCCAAGCCGCUCCUCACCAAAUGCUCCCUCGCCGCCAUCAUGGCCUCCCAACCCAUCAAUCCACGAACCAACAACCCCUACCGCCCCGACCACCUUCCCCCGCCCACCAUCCUCCCGCUCCGCCACUGCUCGCACAACGCCGACUCUUCGCCCAUUGACGAAGUCGCCUGUCUGCUCUCCUUACUUUCUCCCUCUACCGACACGAAAAAGAACAAGGAGCACUAUAUCCUCGCAACGGCGGAUCCCCACCCCGCCGAGAAGAAGGAUAAGGCUGCGGAGUCUUCGGCCGCGGGGCGGAAGCGCAAGCGCGAUGUGGAGGAUAAGGCUGAGGCUGCGCUGCGGAAGGCGAGGGAUUUGCGCCGCCAGGCGCGGUCCAUUCCCGGUGUGCCGAUCAUCUAUGUGAAGCGGUCGGUCAUGGUGUUGGAGCCUAUGAGUGACCCGUCGGAUGCAAUUCGCGAGGGCGUGGAGCAGGGCAAGUUCCGGGUUGGGCUGACUGACAAGGCGACGAAGACGGAGCGUGCUGCUGCUGCUGCGGGCGGCGCUGCGGAGGGGGAGAAAAAGAAGAAAAAGGACCUGAAGAAGGCGAAGGCACCGAAUCCGUUGAGUAUGAAGAAGCCGAAGAAGAGGGUGCAGGAGCCUGGGGUGAAGGCGGGGAAGCCGAAGAGGGAGGAGAAUGAGGAGAAGCCGACUGAGAAGGAGGCGGAGGGAGACGGAGAUGGAGAGGCGGCACCGAAAGCGAAGCGCAGACGUCGUCAUCAUAAUCGCCGCGCGAAGCCGGAUGGAGAUGGGGAGGGUGCUGAGGCGCCGGCCGAUGUCAUGGAUGAUUGAUUGAUUGAUUGACUGCUUGCUUCGCUAGGGUUUUAUUCUGUUUGAUUUGUUGGCUCGACAUGUCAUGGUACGGCGUUCGGCGGAUCGAUAUAAAAGUGUCCAUAUAUGAACUGUGUAUAGGUAGUUACUCUGAUAUCGAUAGAACGAUAUUCCAACAUUCAGCACCACAUCC